UACUAAAUUGUCCCUGUAUCACCCUACUACAGCUGUUUCCUGAACGAGCAAUAGAAAGGUUUCAAAGUUGCAUGUGUUUUAGAUUGAUCCGCGAUGCACCUUUUCGAAACUGCGGCUCUCCUGGUAUGCCAACAUAGGAAAUACCACCGAUACUGCCAUCCCUCACCUCGCUUAUUUCGAAUCAGGUAUAAAAUUCCUCUCCUAUCCAUUAUUAAGGUACUUAAUUCCUUCCAUUUCCCCCUGAAAUAUUUCAAGCUUCUACUGCUGCUAGUAAAAAUAAAUUCCUUCCAUUUCCACUCUUUACUCCCCACCCUCCCCGGUAUUCUUAGUUACACAUCGUUUUAGUAACGCGCACAUUCACUCCUUCAAAUUUCUUUCAUUAAAUGAUUCUUAUACACGCAAUUUAUUUGCUGUACUUUCUUGCUGCAGUAUUAGGGGCACCUAUUGGACAAGGCUUUAAUCCUUAUUCUGCAUUUGAUGAUGCCUUCAAUGCAACAUGGAGUACAUUUUGGAACUGGGGUCAACAAGGUUGGACUGGAUCUAGUUGUCCAGGCGAUGCAUUUGCACCUCCUGCACUUUGGGAUCUGGCGGUAGCAGGUGGUGCAGCAGUUGCUACUAAAAACCCAUGGUUGGCCCAACAAGUAACCACACAAUUGCUUAGGUAUAAAAAUGCCGAAACAGGUGGAUACUCGGCCACUACAGCGGGUGAUAAAGAUAUGUACACUGACGACAAUGCUCAAGUUAUCUGGGUAUAUAUUGAUGCUUAUGGAUACACUGGAAAUAGUGAUUAUCUUCAAGAAGCACAAAACAUUUUGUCAUUCAUUAAAUCUCAGUGGGUGAGUAACGGCGGAGGUGUUAAAUGGCUGUACACUGGUGAUUAUAUUGCUUCAAUUUCUAAUGCUGAAGCAGCAUUAGCAGCAUUGAAGAUUUAUGAGUAUUCUCAUGACGAUCUGGAUUUGGAAUUCGCUAAAACUUCAAUCAAUUGGCUUGCUGAUAAUUUGGAAGACCCUUCGGAUCAUUUAUUUUAUGAUGGGAAAACAAUCUCUUCUGGUGCAGUGAAUAAGGGUAAAUUAUCUUACACUGUUGGUGUCGCUAUUUCUGCUUAUGCGUACUUGUAUAAGUUUGAAAAUGAUUCGAAAUGGCUCCAAAAGGCCAAUGUUUUAGUGAAUGCCUCCGCCAAAGGUACUGGAGUUCUUUAUGCAGCCAAUGGCUACUGGAAUAAUCAACUCAAAUACUUGAAUUUAUUGUUCUCUGGCCUUGCCGAUUUCGCAAACAUUUCUCCCAAUUCUAUCGACCAAUGGAAAACUCAACAAAGUGUGGUACAGGAAAUAAAUAGACAAGCAAAGUUUAUUUAUUCUUAUUAUCAAGAUGGUACUUCUGGUACUUAUUUUGAUGAUAUUAGUACCGCCCCACAGAAUGUCUAUGCUAAAUAUGCAGCUUCUUUUUCAACUUCUGAAUCAAGUUCUCCUGCAUCUCUGUGUUCAAAUGGUGCUACAAAGUUAUCUUUAUUAACUCAAGGUUCUGCUGCUAGAAUCUUCUAUGACGUAUGGAGGGCAUAAAUUUGAUUCCAUAUCUCUGUUUAGAUACCCACAAAAUUAUUUUCAGUUUCUUUUAUAAUAAACUUCUUUAAGAAGAGUCUUUAUGUUAAUCUAUCUCUUUUUUUAUAAACCCCCAAAAAUAUUAAAGCACGUUCAUCUUUGUAUAAUAGAAUUUA